ACAACAAAACUGUGUUUUCCAAAGCUCGUACACAAGAACUAGACCACGUUUGCUACAAGUAAAAGAUUUAAUAAAUCAUGCAACUGCGGAUUGUAUUGCAAGGUCCUGGACCGUGGGGAUUUCGACUGGUCGGGGGUAAAGAUUUCGAGCAGCCCCUGACUAUUUCACGGGUGACGCCAGGAAGCAAAGCAGCCCAGGCCAACCUUUGCAUAGGGGAUAUGAUUGUUGCCAUAGACGGAGAGCCGACAGAGGGUAUGACUCAUCUGGAAGCCCAGAAUAAAAUCAAGUGCUGUUUGGAGGAAAUGGCCCUCUCCAUUGACAGGUCUGAAUCGAAGAUGUGGUCUCCUCUUGUGAAUGAGGAUGGGAAAAGCCAUCCGUACAAAAUGAACCUGGCAUCAGAAUCACAGGACGUGAAACACAUUGGCUCUGCUCACAACAGGAGUGCUCUCCCAUUCAAUUCACCUGCAACCAAGGUGGUCACAAACCAGUACAAUAACCCUGCAGGCUUGUAUUCCUCUGAGAACAUCAAGAGUUUUAAUCGUGCCGUUGAUGAUGUCAAGACCACCGUCCCAUCCAGUGAAUCAAGCCAUAAGCCAGAUCCUUCCAAACCUGUCCAACAAAAACAUCCAGUUACUGCUGAAUCUGAGGUUUAUAAAAUGCUGCAGGAGAACCAAGAGUCAGCUGAGCCUCCACGCCAGUCUGCAUCAUUCAAAGUCCUGCAGGAGAUCCUUGAGACUGGUGAUUCUGAUAAACCCUCCGGGUUUAGGAGCGUGAAAGCACCCUCAACAAAAUUUGCUUCCUCUGUGGGCAAUACUGAGAAACUAUCCGUUUGUGACAAAUGUGGAUCAGGGAUUGUGGGAAUGAUUGUAAAGCUGCGGGACAAGUUCCGCCACCCUGAAUGCUACGUCUGCACGGACUGUGAUGUCAGUCUGAAACAGAAGGGACACUUUUUUGUCGAGGACAAGAUUUACUGUGAGAAGCAUGCACGUGAACGAAUGACUCCACCCGAGGGAUACGAUGUUGUCACCGUCUUCCCAAAGUAGAUGCUUGUCCAAGUUGCUUUCAAACUGCACCUUCUUCAGUCCUGGUGAACAAAUCUGCCUAGAUGUGUAACAUUUCAUUCGUUUGUCACAGUUUUCCAUUCAGUUCUGUCAGUGAAUUUUAAAUACACUGUUUACAUCAGCUCAGUUUAGAUGUUGGUGUUUUUGGUUCCUUGUUGUUUGUGGGGAUUAUUCACAUGAAGUGCUACUAAUUAAAGACAUUUUAGUAUCAUAUUCAUUCCAUAUGUGGUGUAUCAGGGUCGUGGUGCUGUAGCUUUGGCUAAGACCUUACUAAAAGUCUAAGAUUAAAUGCGCCACAUUAUAUAAAGGUUUGCACGUGUUUAAAUGAUUUUUUGCUGAAUACAAUACUGUGGUAUCUAUAUACACUGAUCAGCCAUAACAUUAAAACCACCUCCUUGUUUUUACACUCACUGUCCAUUUUAUCAGCUCCACUUACCAUAUAGAAGAACUGACAUGGUGGUGGUGUGUUAGUGUGUGUUGUGCUGGUAUGAGUGCAUCAGACACAGCAAUGCAGAGUUUUUAAACACCUCAGUGUCAUCCAGUCAACAGCUCCCCAUGGGCAGCGUCUUGUGACCACUGAUGAAGGUCCAGAUUCUAGAUGAUGACCAACUCAAAGAGCAGCAAUAGAUGAGCGAUCAUCUCUGACUUUACAUCCACAUGCUGGACCAACUAGGUAGGAGUGUCUAAUAGAGUGGACAGUGAGUGGACAUGGUAUUUAAAAACUUCAGCAGCGCUGCUGUGUCUGAUCCACUCAUACCAGCACAACACACACUAACACACCACCACCAUGUCAGUGUCACUGCAGUGCUGAGAAUGAUCCACUACCUAAAUAAUACCUGCUCUGUGGGGGUCCUGACUAUUGAAGAACAGCAUGAAAGAGGGCUAAAAAAAGUAUGUAGAGGAACAGAUGGACUACAGUCAGUAAUUGUAGAACUACAAAGUGCUUCUAUAUGGUAAGUGGAGCUGAUAAAAUGGACAGUGAGUGUAGAAACAAGGAGGUGGUUUUAAUGUUAUGGCUGAUCAGUGUAUGUAAAACAUGUAUUUACCAAUUUGGCUUUGACAUUCCACAAGUUUUAGGGACCAACAAGUUUCAACUAACUGGAAAAGCAAAGGGGAAAAAACCUUUAUGAUCAAUAAUUUUCUGGAAGCUCUACAUAGGAGCAUCAUCACAGACUGUAGUGUCAUUUUUUUAUUCGUUUGUUUAUUGUAUUAAAUGUAUUACAUCCUUCCUUUAUGUGGCUUUGCUCAACUUCUCUAUUAAAUGUGACUGAAUAAAUAAAUCUUUUUAAAUGUUAA